AUGAUGGGCAGUAUCGAGCUGAAUUUGAGGGAGACUGAGCUGUGUCUUGGUCUUCCUGGCGGAGAUACGGUGGCUCCGGUGACAGGAAAUAAGAGAGGGUUCUUGGAGACGGUUGAUCUAAAGCUGAAUCUGAACAAUGAACCUGAAAGCAAGGAACGAUCUACGAAUCAUGACGUCGUGACUUCUGUUUCCAAGGAAAAGAGUUCAUGUGCCAAAGAUCCAGCUAAGCCUCCUGCCAAGGCACAAGUUGUGGGGUGGCCACCGGUGAGAUCAUACCGGAAAAACGUGAUGGUUUCGUGCCAAAAACCAAGCGGUGGAACGGAUGCCGCAGCGUUCGUGAAGGUGUCGAUGGACGGAGCACCGUACUUGAGGAAAGUCGACUUGAAGAUGUAUAAAAGCUACGACGAACUCUCUAAUGCUUUGUCCAACAUGUUCAGCUCUUUUACCAUGGGAAAACAUGGAGGAGAAGAAGGAAUGAUAGACUUCAUGAAUGAAAGGAAAUUGAUGGAUUUAGUGAAUAGUUGGGACUAUGUUCCCUCUUAUGAAGACAAAGACGGUGACUGGAUGCUCGUCGGCGACGUUCCUUGGCCAAUGUUCGUUGAUACAUGCAAGCGUUUACGUCUCAUGAAAGGAUCCGACGCCAUUGGUCUCGCUCCGAGAGCAAUGGAGAAGUGCAAGAGCAGAGCUUGA